UGCCGCCGUGAUAAAACCUAUGGAUAAAACCGGAAAAGAGGAACUACAACGUCACUGUAUUGUUGACAAUGGCGAGUGAAACAGUGCUGGACAGAGGGUCAUCGUUUAUGGAUCCUCUGAAGGGGCUUCUGUUGACGUAUUUUAUGCCAGAAUCAUGCUAUGACGAGUUUUUCCUCAGUUUCAACUUUCUGGACGUACCAUGUCUGAAGAUUGUUUUGAGCAAAGGCCUGGGGAUCGGCAUCAUCCUGGGAUCAGUGAUGGUGAAACUGCCACAGAUCUUAAAGUUGAUGGGAGCAAAGAGUGCCGAGGGGCUGAGUUUCAACUCUGUGCUGUUAGAGCUGCUGGCCAUCACAGGAACAAUGGCCUACAGCAUCGCCAACAAGUUCCCUUUCAGUUCCUGGGGCGAGGCGCUGUUCCUCACGCUGCAGACCGUCACUAUUGGCUUCCUCAUUCUGCACUAUGGAGGAAGAACCAGUAAAGGUGUCCUGUUUCUGGUGGUGUAUUUUGGCCUGCUGCUCCCCCUGCUGUCUGGAGUCACCCCCAUGUCAGUGGUUACCAUCAUGCAGGCCUCUAACAUGCCAGCCGUCAUCAUUGGCAGGUUGAUCCAGGCAGUCACUAACUUCAGUAAUGGACACACUGGCCAGCUGUCUGCUGUCUCUGUCUUCCUGAUGUUUGCUGGAUCACUCGCCCGCAUCUUCACCUCAUUACAGGAAACUGGAGACUCACUGAUGGCCCUCACCUAUGUUAUAUCCUCCUCCUGUAACGGCAUCAUCGCUCUGCAGGUUCUCUACUACUGGAACACAUCCCCAGAACAAAAGUCGAAAAAGAAGACAGAGUAGGCAAAGAACAAAGAUAAAAUUUUAUUCUAGAGUUAUUCUUCAUUCUAAAUUUUAAGAUACAAAGAGACAUCUUCAAAACUUGAAAGAACUAAUUGACAUGUGAAACGAAUGAACAGAGCCACUGGAAUUUGGAGCUUGUUGCGUCUGGUGGACAAACUUUUGACAUUUAUGCAAAGAUGUAAUUCUCGCCAAGCAGAUGUAAGGUAGUGUUUUAUAUUGUUUCUUUGUAGGUCCACUGGCUUCAUGAUUGACAGUCAGCUGGUGGUUGCAGGUGGUGUAGCUCUAUACAGAGCUGUUGGGGCCAGACUCCCACUGUUAUUACAUUCCUCUUGAUGCAGUUAAAUAUUUGGAAAGAGUCAAUGCACUUGCCUGUUAAUUUUGACCAUGGAUGCAUGUAAUGGAUCAUUUUGUGUUUUGGCAUUAAACAUGAAAAUAAUUCCA